AGCCCUUUGUUUCAAACACAUUUCACAUCCUUCUCUCUCUCUUCAAACGUUUUAGUUCAAAAAAAAUAAUAGAUCGAGAGAACUAAAAACCCUAGAAACAAGACAAUCUUUGUUCUCUUACUCGUUUUCUGAUCACCUAAUUUAUUAUUCGUUGCUAAUCAUUUAUCAAGCAAGAUGAUCAAUUUUGAGGCAACUGAGCUGAGGUUAGGGCUGCCGGGUGGCAAUCACGGAGGAAACAUGGCCAUGAAAAAUAAUGGAAAACGAGGAUUUUCUGAGACCGUUGAUCUCAAACUGAAUCUUUCAUCGACGGCUAUGGAUUCGGUUUCCGGAGUUGAUUUAGAGAAUAUGAAGGAGAAGGUUGUAAAACCACCAGCCAAGGCACAAGUUGUGGGAUGGCCACCGGUACGAUCUUUCCGGAAGAACGUCAUGUCAGGCCAAAAGCCAAUCACCGGAGAAGCUGUGGGAGGAACUGAAAAGACUUCCGGCAGCAACGGAGCCACCUCUUCUGCCUCCGUUGGUGCUACCGCAGCUUACGUGAAGGUUAGCAUGGACGGCGCACCUUACCUAAGAAAAAUUGAUUUGAAACUCUACAAAACAUACCAAGAUCUAUCCGACGCAUUAAGUAAAAUGUUCAGCUCUUUUACCAUAGGCAACUAUGGACCACAAGGGAUGAAAGAUUUUAUGAAUGAGAGUAAAUUGAUCGAUCUUUUGAAUGGAUCAGAUUACGUUCCAACUUAUGAAGAUAAAGAUGGAGACUGGAUGCUUGUAGGAGACGUGCCAUGGGAGAUGUUUGUUGAUUCAUGCAAACGCGUAAGAAUAAUGAAGGGAUCAGAAGCAAGCGGACUUGCUCCAAGGGCGUUAGAAAAGUGCAAGAACAGAAGCUGAGAGCUCUAAGGAAAAGACCGGUUCGAUCCGGUUGGAUAUCUCAAACUGAGAAAAGCCAAACCGGCUCGAAACUACUGUUACGAGCAGGGAGUUUGCGUAUAAUAUUCAUAAAUAGUAAUAAUAAUAUUGUGAUGUAUUACAUUUAUAAUUUUUAUAAACCCUUUUUGCUAUAUGUAUUAUAUUAUAUACCUAUAUAAAUAUGUAUAUUUUAUUUGGUGGCCUGCUAUAUAUUUCCGUUUUGAACAACUUUUGUUUUUACGCAUUAUUGUAUUGUCUAUAAGGUAUUAUCCCUAAGGCAUCUUAAUGUGUUACUUUGAUGUGAUAAAUCAUCAUUCUCGUUUAGUGUAUUUCUUUUUUCGACAGUAAACUCAUUAUUAUUUUAUUUUGGACCAUCUUCUUACUCCUGUUCUUAUUUGUUUCUUUUAAGCGGAUCGUUAAAUGAAAAAAAAAAAACUUCACGGUCGUAGAACCAAUUUAAAUUGUUUCUCCAACUAUUCUCGUGUGUGUAAGAUAUUUGGCUACUCAAAGAUUCAGUUAGUGUUUAUUUCUUUUAGUACUACUAUUUCAUCCAGCAAUACCUUUUUGUAAAAUCAAAACAAAAAAUUAUACAUCAAUCAAAAGAUUUUUUUUUAUUUUCAAAUUUUCAAAGAGUGUUUAGUUUCUAUAUUCACUUAAGUUACAAUUUAUUGAUGUCUUGAAUAUUAUCGUUCUUGGUAUUUUUCACUGAACCAUGUAUGAAAACCUUUUAAUUGAUGAAGGUAAUGUGUGAUAGUGGACGGGGCGAGAGCAUGUGGAUAAUCCCAUAAUGUAGAGUUGUUGGGGGACAGUAUUUUAAUGAAUUACAAAUAAAAUUGUCUUCAAUAUGCAUGCUCCAUUAUUGUUGUACGCUGUCAUCCAUCGCCUCAAUAAACAACGAUAGUAUUUG